AUGCCUCCCAAAGAAGAAGAGAUCGUGGAGCAAGGCGAAGCUCAAGCAGAGAAUGCUGAAGUCGGUGACAAAGAAGCAGAAGAUGUUGCUGGCGAUAAAAUGAAGCCAGCCACUCAAGACCCUACCAUGUUCUCGGACGAGCGUGGAAAUCUCAAGGCCGUCAACUUGGUCUGCCGUCACCCUUGCAAGAUCUUUUGGUUCUUGAUGAUCUUUUGCUUUGUCAUUUCCUUCUUGCUUCAAGCUAUUGUCUUUGCAAAUGCGGAAGACGGAAAUCCUUUUACGACGCCCGAAAAUGAGUUUGAUUUGGACGACAUUCGUUCCAUUCAAUACGACAGUUUGCGUUUGGCCCGUGACGAGGUCCAGAAGGACCGUGAUGCUGACAACCAAGGUGCGCAAGCCACCCCCAAGCAAUCUGAAGUUGCCGAUUUGGCCUAUUGGGUCUACGAAGCCGAGACGGACGCCGGUGUCUUUGGUACUCGCGAAUCCAUUCAAGCCAUGAAGGAUGCCUUUGAUAUUUUUUGGGAGGACGACCGCUUUCCCGACUGGUGCCUCUUGGAUUACCGUUCCUUUGUCGGCCCCAACGAGACUCGUAAGUGUUCUACUCCCAUCACCAGUCUCAGCAUGUACUACGCUUCGACUUGGGAUUCCGCCAAGGUCGAUUCGAUUAUCGAAACCUUGAAGGACGAUGAUUUGGUUGCCACCUACAACACUUUGGCUCUCUGCGUUUCACGUGGCCUCUACUGCGAAUUGGUCCCCAACACUACCACUGCGGAAGAACGUGCCUUUACUCGCGAAUUCACUGCCAACAUUAGCAGUCAAGUCUUUUCGUGGGACAUGCGCGGUGAAUUGAUUGAGAAUAUCACUCAAGGAACCGAAUUGGCAGCUCACCUGUUGAAGGUGGAUAUUUUUAAGGGUCUCGUGGACUUUGGCUUUGACAAGGAUUUCAGUGUCGAAAACCCGAAGUCCAAGUACUCCCGUGGUAUCAUCUUCUGGGGUGGUCCAUUGGAAGCCCAAGAAACUGAUUUGACUGCUGACGAAAAGGAAGCUCUCGAAGAAAACGAAGAUGAGAUUAGAAAAGAUUUCGUCAUUGACAACUUUUUGGACGAGAUGAACCAACAGGCCGAAGAAGACACCCAUGCUUCCGUCAACUCAUACUACUUUAUGAUUGCCAUUAUUGGUGAUGUCAUUUUGCAAAUCGUUCUCCAAGAUGCCCUCUUGGCCAUUUUCAGUUUGGCAUUUGUCUUUUUCUGGUUGCGCAUCAACACUGGGUCUUGGUUCUUGGCUGCCGUUGGAUUCUUUGAAAUUGCCUUUUCCAUCCCAAUUGCCUGGUUCAUCUUUUCGGUGAUCUUCCAGAUUCAAUACUUUGCUACUCUCAACUCGCUCGCAAUCUUUAUUGUGGCUGCCAUUGGAGCAGAUGACAUCUUUAUAUUUAUGGAUGCCUACAAACAAUCCAGAAUCCGUGAUCCCGAAAACUUGGUCGAUAUCGAGACACGCAUGUCUUGGGUCUACCGCCGAACCGGUACUGCCAUGGCCAUUACUUCUGCGACUACCUGCUCUGCUUUCUUGUGUACUCUUAUCACACCAUUGACCUCCAUCCAAUCGUUUGGUAUCUUUGCCGCUGUGGUCAUUUUGAUUGACUACGUCUUGGUCAUGACCCUCUUUUGUACCGCGGUUGUCAUUUUCCACGACCGUCUCGAGGGACAAGCUUGCUGCGGAUGCUGCUGGCCAUGUGGAGUUCAAAAUCCAACCAACACGGACAAGGCUCGUCAAGCAUUGGAAGAAGCUGGAGAAGAACCAGUCCAAGGAGACCGUGUCAGCCGAUUCUUCCGCAAUCAAGUUGCUGGAUUUGUCAAGAAGCCCCUCAACCGAGCUUUGAUUUUUGUCCUCUUCAUCACCUGGAUUAGUAUUGCCAUCUGGCAAGCACUCCAAAUCGAAGCCGCACAGGAAGCCGAACAAUUCUUGAACGAAGACAAUCCAUUGCAAAAGUCCAUCACCAUUUUGAACAAUGAGUUCCCAACUGCGGAUGACGAUCGUGGUUUGAAGGUCUACUACGCUUGGGGAUUGGGAGAAGUUGACCGUGAGGGUGUCAACCUGCUCUUGGAUCCUACCGACUAUGGAGAACCAACCUUCGUCCAAGACUUUGAUUUUAAUGCUCAGUGCCAAACCGAGUUGGUCAAGUUUUGCGACAAGCUCAAGACCAACCCUGACUACAAGGAUUUGAUCAAGCAACGCAACGGUGUUGGAGAAGUUUACUGCUUCAUUGAGGAGCUUGGUGCCUUCAAUGCCAAGGGUGACUUGGAUGACUGCGAAUACGUCACACGUGGAGACUGGAAGAACGAAACCUGGCAAGUCGACCCCGCCAACAUGACUGAUGUGAUGGAUCGGUUCUUGCAGCAACGAACAUGCUUUGACGAGGAUGGUGUUGAAACUACCUCUGGACGAUACGCCGACGAAAUGGGAUGGGACGGAAACAAAAUGAAAUACGCCGCCGUUUCGGCCGAGAGUAUCAUUUUGACUCCUUUCUCUGUAAACUCGGAAAGGGUUACUCGUCGCGAGUAUGAACGAUUCAUCGCCGUCGGAGAAGAGGCUAACCAAGUCAUUUCCCAAUACUGCUCUGGAGACGUUAUUAUUACUGAUUUGGAUGAAAAGUUUGUCUUUAUGAACAACCAAGCCAUCUACGUCCAAACUGCCUUGCAAGCCAGUAUUCUGGGUGUGGUCAUUGCCUUUGUGGUACUGUUGUUCAGUACCCGAGUCUUCCACAUUGCCUUCUUUGCCAGUAUCUCCAUCACCUCCGUCUUGGUCAGUGUUGUCGGAACUAUGGUCAUGUUGGGAUGGUCGUUGGGAAGUAUCGAAUCCAUUUUGAUUGGUAUCAUUGCUGGAUUCAGUGUCGAUUACGUGGUGCACUUGGCGCAUGCGUAUGAGAUUGCCGAAGGUGACACCUACGAACGGGUGGAGGAAGCCUUUGCCGACUUGGGAAUCAGUGUGUUCAACGGAAUGGUAACCAGUGUUGCCGCCAGUAUUCCGCUUUUCUUUUGCUCAUUGCAAUUUUUUGCCAAGUUUGGAACUUUCUUGUGUUUGACCAUUGCAUUCUCAUGGAUCUUUGCUAACUUUGUAUUCAUGAGUAUCUUGGCACAAUUGAAGAUUCCCAUCAAGAAGGGCGGAUUCCGCCUAUAA